AUGAAGUAUCUCGCCAACCUCUGCCUCGCCAUCCUCGUGGUGGGCGCCAACUCCGCCGCCAUCGCCGUCGCCGAGCCCGAGCCAAUCUGCUGGCGCCCCGGCCAGCCCUGCGGCAAAGUCAAGCGCGCCGCCGAGGCCUUCGCCGAAGCCAUCGCUGAGCCCAUUGCCGAGCCAAUCUGCUGGCGUCCAGGUCAGCCAUGCGGCAAGGUCAAGCGUGAGGCCGAGGCCGAGGCCGAAGCUGCUGCCAUCUGCUGGCGUCCAGGCCAGCCGUGCGGCAAAGCCAAGCGCGCUGCUUUGGCGCUCGCUCAUGCCGUUGCCAAUGCCAAUCCCGAGGCUGGGGCAUUCUUCGAUAAGCUCGCCAUCCGUGAGGCGUUCCCAGAGCCAGAGGCCGUUGCCGAGGCUGAGCCCGUUGACGAGAAACUCAAGCGCGAGGCCGAGGCUAUCUGCUGGCGCCCUGGCCAGCCAUGUGGCAAAGUUAAGCGCGCCGCUGAGGCUAUUGCAUCUGCUCUCGCCGAGGCCGCCCCCGAGCCCAUCUGCUGGCGUCCUGGCCAGCCAUGUGGCAAAGCUAAGCGUGAUGCUGAGGCCGCUGCCGAAGCUAUCUGCUGGCGCCCCGGUCAGCCAUGCGGCAAGGCUAAGCGUGAGGCGAAUGCCCUUGCCGAGGCUGCUGCAGAGGCUCUUGCGAGCUUGUAAGUUGGGAAAACGGGAUUUUCAGGGAAUUAAUCGGCCUUAUCGCCCCCCCGCUACUACUACUCCAACUACUACUACUCCCACUACUACUGCUCGCACUACUACUACUACCCCAGUCGCCACACCAACCACUACUCCUCCCACCGAUACGCGGCCAUGGAUUCAUUUUAGGUAUCUGACUUGCCUCAUGGCCUGUCAUGCAGACGAGCCUUACGACUGUCACCAAACCGAUCCCAGAUGCGUGCCCAUUGGAGCUUGAUCUUCCACUCAUACCGUAAAUCUACGGAUAUAUUUUUGCAGUUUCGUACGCAGGUCGUUUUAUUUCUUUCGCCAGCUCCAUCAUCCGCGGCGCCAGGCUUCUGGUGCUUAAUUGAGGGAGUGUGUGCAUGUCGGCCCAACACCUCAAAAUAAAAAGUGGCUGGCUUUAUUUUAUAUGGGUGCCCUCGCAAGAGAACGCUCAUUAUUGGUUUAACUUGUAGUAAAAUUGUUGCUAAUAUUGGGGUAGCACAAGUCUGUUAUCAAAGAGCCAUGUAUAUAGAUUGAAGUCUAUAAUUGACCUG